AUGACCAUCGAUAAGGAGACGCCAGGGAGAGAGGACAAAAUACCAAGGACAAUAACGAAUGAGCACCCAGAGAGGAUGACGACGACCGGCAGGAUUGUGAGAGAAAACACAAACGGUGAUGAAGUCCAAAUAGCCAAAAGAGAUUGGGAAGAUGACGACGUGAAAGAGACUGCGAAACCCACCUAUGAUGAAGCUCUGAUGAACGAAUAUCCCGAAAUGACGACUACAGGAAAUGAUGACACAAGGGAGGUGGUGAGUAAACCGGAAGAAGACGGUGGAUUAGCAGAAGGAAGUCUUGACGAGAAGAUGUGCCCCGAGCCGCAAAGAGAAGUCAACCACGUGAAAAGGGUUGGUAAAGCUGUUCAAAGGAUCAAUGUAACGAUUAGAAAUCAAGAGCUAACCCAUGACGAAGUAUCGGUUGCUCGCGACUGCACGAAGCCAUGGGAUCGAAGCGGAAGACGAACCGGAAAAAGAUUAAAAGAAAGCAGUAAUGAGCCACGAACAAGACCAGGAACGUUUCGAAGAAAGAGAGAGAUGACGAGACAAGCCGCGACCACAGACCAAGGAGGAGGGCUCGAUGUGAAUAUUGGAAGCGAAAAAGGGAUCCAUGACGAAACGCCCGUAAAAUUGGAGGGACCUAUGAGGAAAGAAGAUCAAGAAGUCACGAUCAGUAAAAGUGAGCACGUGAGAGAACAAUUGAAAAGGAAUGACGAAACCACGAUGACGUAUCCGAUAAAGAAUGUGCCUACAAAG